AUGUUCAAGCUGUCCAAGUACAAGAUAUCUUUAGAAAGAGAAAACAGAUAUGAAUGUAUGUAUAUGCAAAUAAAAUUAUGUAGAUAUAGGAGGAUAAGAGUGUUUAUGUAAUUUAUUAAAUAUAAUUUAGAAUGUCCUUCAAAUUGCAUUAAUUGUGAUUCCACUAACCCAUCUAAAUGUACUAAUUGUGGAGAUUAAGAGAUUACUCAUAGAAUAUUAGAUAGUAAUAAUGUUUGUGUAUGUGCAGAAGGAUAUUUUGAAGUUUGGUAUACAUAUAAUUGUUAAAGUAUUCAUGCUUAUUCUAUUUAGACAUACAAUUCAAUUUAUCAAUUCUAUAAUUUUCAUAUAUUUUGUCAUUAGAAUAAUAUGUUAAUAGAUUAUAGGAUAAGUAUUCCUACUCUUCUAUUACUAUUCAAGGUCUUAAUUAUAUGGUCAAUAGUGGAGUAGUAAAAGAUGAUAUCCAUUAAUUUUAAUAUAUUUCUUAAUUGGAAUCUAAUAAAAUUAUCAAUCCAAAUACUUAAUACCCUUAAGGCUAAGCUUACAAAUAACAAUUUAAUAACAUGUUUGCUUUAGGAAUUAAACUUACUCAUGAUUAUCAGGUUUUUUGGGCUGCUAAUGUUAAUUCAUCCAAUUACUAAAUGUAUAAAGGAACAAGAUUAAUCAAUACAAAUACAUGGAAAUUUGUUAUUUAUCAAUUCUAAUUAAACAAUUAUAUUGGAAAUGUCUUUUUAUAAAUUGCAUUAACUGAAAAUGGAGAUGUCUAACCCUAAACUCAAAAUCGUAUAUUAGAAAUUGCAGAUGGAAAUAUGGUUUUAUUGUAUUAUUUAGCAUAUGAACAUAAUUACUUCUUAAUUGACUCUGAGUUAGAUUUAAUAAUAAAUGAUAUAUUAUAUAUAUAAUUUCAGAGACCAUUAAAUAGUUUAGAUUACUAAUUUAAUGGAAAUACAAUUAUAAUAGAGACAUGCUAACCACCUUAUAUUUUAAAGAAUCAAUAAUGUAUUUGUGAUAAUCAAAAUGGAUAUUAUCUUUAUUAUGGUAUUUGUUAAUCUCAAUGUCCAAGUGAUUGUUUAACUUGUACUAAAGAAGUAUGUCUACUAUCUGAUCAUUCAAUCAGAUGUUAAGAAGGUUAUUAUUUAGAUACUGAAAAGAAAGUUUGUUUAUAAUGUUAAAUAAGAUGUAAAACAUGUAUAAAUGGCAAAGAUUGUAUAACAUGUAAAUAAUAAUUCAUUUUACAUAAUACUCAAUGUUUUACUUGUUAAGAAUUCUAAACAUUAUUUAUGUGUGAUCAAUAUGAUCAUAAUUGUUAAUGUACAAAAUGCAAUGAUGGAUAUUAACUUGAUAUAAUUCAUCAAUGUAUUUAAUGUCCAAAUAAAUGUCUAUCUUGUAAUUUUUAAGAUAUCUGUAUUAUUUGUGAAGAUGGAUAUUAUUUGCAUAAUAAUUAAUGUAUUAAAUGUUAAGAGAACUGUUUUCAAUGCUAAGAAUAAGAUUAUUGCAUUAAAUGUUAAAUAGGAUAUCAUAUUUAUAAUGGAAUCGUAUCAUAAUGUACUAAUAUUUGUAUCAAUUAUCUUGAUUAAUGUUUAUGUAAGGAUUGUCCCAUCUAAUACUAUAGGAAUGAUGAUGAUUUUUAUUGUUAUUCAUGCUAAUAACCCUGUUUAACUUGUUCUAAUAAAGAAACUUGUAUCGAUUGUAUUUCCAAUCAUUUUUAUCUUGACAAUUUUCAAUGUAAACAAUGUUAAUCUCCUUGUUUAACUUGUUUAACUUAAACAAAAUGUCUUUCUUGUAUUAAUGAACAAUAUUACUACAUGAAAGAAGAAUUUAAAUGUAUUAAAUGUCCAAUUCCAUGUACAACCUGUUAUUUAGAUGAAAGUUUAUUAUGCGUUGGUUGUCUCGAAAAAUUCUAUUUAUACAAUUAUUAAUGUUAUGGUAUAGCAUCAAUUCUUAUUUUUAGAAUGUCCUCUCUAUUGUUAAGAUACAUGCUAUUAUGAUAUUAUUCAUAAACUUAUCUAAUGUGAUCUAUGUUAAGUUGGAUUUUAUCCCAGCAAAAUUAAUAAACCUUUUGAAUGCAUUAAUUGUCCAAAUUAUUGUACUAACUGCACAAAUGAACAAACAUGUUUAGAGUGUACAUUUCCAUAUAUUUUACAAAAUGGAAAAUGUUAACAAUGCAAUGAACUUUUUGGAUCCUAUUGUAUUAGUUGUAAUUAACUAAAUUGUGUGCAUUGUUAAAAUGGAUAUCAAUUAAUCGAUGGAAAAUGUGUGGAAGAUAUCAUUAAUGUUACACCUCUAUGCCUUUUAUAAAGAGAGUUUUAUAAUACACUUAGCAAUUCUUGUGAUAAAUGCUUGUAGUAUUGUUUAAUUUGUAAAGAAUUAAAAACUUGUAUAAUAUGUGAAGAAAAAUCUUAUAAAAAAUCAGAAAUUUGUAUAAACUGCAAAUUCCCUUGUAAUAAUUGUAUGAGUGAUUAAUUUUGUCUAACAAUUUCAAAUCAAUUAUAUUAUAUAGAUUAUUCUAUAACUGAUAUAAAUGAAAUAAAUGCUUUCAAAUGUAACUCUCCUUGUAAAAAUUGCAAAUCAUUUGAAGAAUGCAUAGAUUGUUUAGAUGGAUACUAUUUUUAUAAUAAUUAAUGUCUAUUAUGUGACCCUUCAUGUAAGACUUGUAAAAACAAAAGCGAUUUUUGUACAUCUUGUUAUCCAGGUUUUUAAUUAUCUAAUGGAAAAUGCCCUUAAUGUAUAGAUUAAAAUUGUUAAAGCUGUCGUCAGUAUUGUUCAUUAUGUAAUCACUUAUUAGAUGACCUUUAUAUUUGUAAGACAUGUUUACCAGGAUAUUAUUUAAUUGAUCAAGAAUGUCAUCCAUGUAGUUCUAAUUGUAAAACUUGCUCAAUAAAAAGUGAUUAAUGUACAUCAUGUUUUGAAGGAUAUUUUUUAACACCUGAUAUGAAAUGUGAAAAAUGUAAUCAAGGAUGUUAAUCUUGUUAAGUUUAAACAAAAAGUUGUACGAUUUGUGAAUAUGGAUAUUAAUUAAUAUAGUAAAAAGAUUUUCUUUAUGAAUGUGUAAAAUGUGAUCAGGGAUGCAAUUCAUGCAAUGAAGGUAGAUGUUUGGUUUGUUCUAAUUAACAAUUUUUAACUGAAGAUGGAAAAUGUGAAAAAUGUGUUGCUCCUUGUUUCACUUGUAGUUCAUUAACUCAAUGUAUUAUCUGUGCAGAUGGGUAUUAUAUGAAUAAUGAAAAAUGUGACAAAUGUUCAGAUAAUUGUUCAAAAUGUUCAUCAUUAAAUGAUUGUAUAACCUGUAUAGAACCAUUUAAAUUAAUUUAAAAAUAAUGUAUUAAAUGUUAAGAGAAUUGUAUAACAUGUACAAAUAAUUAAUGUUAAUAAUGUAAAUAGGGAUAUACUCUAUAAAAUGAUGGUUAAUGUCAAUAAAUACCAAUAAUUUGUAAUAUUAAUUCAUGUUCUCAAUGCUUGAAUGAAAAUUAGUGUUAAAUUUGCUAACAGGGAUAUAUUAUUAACACUACAUUAGAUUAAUGUGAGAUAGAAAAUUAAAUUUAGAAUCAAGAGCUUAUUGAUGAAAGUGACAGUUAAAUGUAAUUUAUAAUUAUUAUUCUUUCAAUUGCAACUACUAUUAUAUCUUUCAUCAUAAUUUACUUGAUAUAAAAAUGCAGAAAACUAUAUAUAGUAAUGAAAAGAUUUGUAAGAGAAAAUCCAAAAUUUCCUGAUCUCCCAUUUACUAAAUCCUAAAUUCCUUCAGAUAAUUCAAAUUGA